GGGACCCCCAAGAAAGGUGUUCUUACAGUUACAAUGUAAAUGUUACUCUUAUGUUUGUGUUGUGAAACAUGGGUCAUUUCAGGGUGUUUUUAAAAUAACAUUACAUUUAGUUUGUCUAUUGUGCCUUGCAUGCAAUUUAAAUAGAACAUAUUUUAUUGUACCAUUAUUAACAUGGGUGUGGCGUUAGAUGCACCAUGAUCAAACAUGUCUGAGAUUCCAUUACGGGUUAACGUUAUACAGGAAAUAAAUGUGAACCUCCCAUGUCCCCUGUAUUCAGACUCAAUGCGUUGACAGAACAUCGACUUUGUGGGGAUUCAUUUCGUUUCGGAGUCGGGUGGAUAGAAGAUCCUACAACCACUUUGUUCAUUUGAAGACAGAGAGCGUCCACCAGGAGAAAGAUAUGGCAUCUUCGUCUGGUACAGUGGAGAGGAAGAGGAGAGCUAGCAUUUCAGUACCUCCCCACAGGAUGGAGCAAAAGCGUGACCCCAAUCAGGCCCUUGAGGACUGGAGUCGCCCACCCCAUUGAUCUACACCUCACAUACUUGUUUUGUCACAAUCUGAAAUUAGGCUGACUAUUACAAUUUAUCAACCAGGAAAUGGCAGAGCGAUAUCUGUAUAGUGUACCUUUAAAGUCUGUCUGUAACUGUUUAUUCUAUAGUGUCUGAAGAACUAAAUAACUCUGAUCUGAGGAUUGUUCUGCUUGGUCCAGUUGGAGCAGGGAAGAGUGCCACAGGAAAUACCAUCCUUGGGAGAGAGGCCUUUAAACCACUUUAGUCACCAAGGCAUGCGAGAAACAGAGUAGGGAGGCAAAUGGGAGGAAGAUUGAAGUGUUGGACACCCCAGGACUCGGCGAGGACAGGAGAAGUGAGAUAGCCAGAUGCAUCAUGGACAAGACAGUCCCGGGUCCCCAUGUGUUCCUGCUGGUGAUUCGGCUGGGGGUAAGGUUGACAGAGGACGAGAGGAACACUGUGAAGUGGAUCCAGCAGACCGUCGGACAAGAUGCCUCAGACUACACCAUGAUAUUAGUCACCUGUGCAGAUUCACCCCGACUCAGAGGAAACACAGUGGAUGACUACGUGAAACCGAACCAAAACCUACAGACACUCAUCGACAGCUGUGGAGGCAGAUAUCACUCAUUUAAUAAUGACGAUAGGGAGGCCCACAAUCAGGUCACAGAGCUGCUGGAGAAGAUAGAAGAGAUGGUGGAGGUGAAUAAAGUGGGGCACUACACCAACGAGAUGGAGCAGAACGCUCAGAGUGACAUCACAGCCCAGAUGGACCAGAAUGCUCAGAGUGACAUCACAGCCCAGAAGAUAAAGAGCAGGUCUACAACUUGGAGCGCUACAGCAGCAGCUCUUCUGGCGGCAGCCAUUACAUUGUUAAUACUCUCAGGAGUAGUGAGAGUAGCGGGACCAACAGACCUAGCGGAACCAACAGUAGCAACCGGACCAGCAUUGGGAAUAGCAAAGCUAGCGAGAUCAAGAGGAAGAGCCGGACCAGUAUUGGUAGUACCAACAGAAGUAACGCGAGCAGCAGUCGGACCAGCAUUGGAAGAAAUAAAAGAAGUAUUGGGAGUACUAGUAGGAGUAGCAGGCGUAGCAUUGGUAGCACUAGCAGGGUUAGAUGGACUAGCAUUGGUAGUAGCAGCAGGUAUGGCAGGAGUAGCAGGGUCAGCAGUAGGAGUUGCAGGACUAGCAUUGGGAGUACCAGCGGGAGUAGCAAUAAUAGCAGGAACAGGAGUAGCGGGACUGGCAGGAGUAGAAUUAGCAAAGAACUUCCAAUGGUAUCACAAUAGACAGCAUACUGGACAGGAGAGGGGUGGAAAACAGAAAGCCUCCUAAGAUAAGUACAGAUCUGGUUAUUAACACAAAGAAAAUCCUAGAUGGGAUAGUUCUGAAGUGUAAAAUAGAUUAAAGUCUGGGCAGGAAGGCUGAGAGGUAACACAGUGGGUAUGUCUGCAUGAACAGAAAGAGAGGGUGGACCUUUGACCUUUUAUUGAAUAGGUGUGUAUCUUUGGUCUUCGUAGGGUUCAGACGGUGUAACUGUUAACAAAAUGAUGGCAAUGUCAAGAAACAAACAAAAACACAAUGUUGAUGCAAAACAGAAGCACCUGGUAAAUAAAAGGGUAAACGUAGCCAAAUGAAGGACUCCGCAUGCUAGUGUUACAAAAUGAGCAAAUAAGAGAAGUGCACAACAACCAAACAGGAAAAAAAUAUCAAUCUACAUACCUUGGCCAACCGCUCACAGGCCGACCGCUCACAGGCCGACCGCUCACCACAGGCCGACCGCUCACCACAGGCCGACCGCUCACCACAGGCCGACCGCUCACAGGCCGACCGCUCACAGGCCGACCGCUCACCACAGGCCGACCGCUCACCACAGGCCGACCGCUCACAGGCCGACCGCUCACAGGCCGACCGCUCACAGGCCGACCGCUCACAGGCAAACAGCUCACAGGCCGACCGCUCACCACAGGCCAACCGCUCACCACAGGCCGAC